CCCUUAUUACAGUAUCAAAUAAAUAUAUAUCUAUAUAUCUAUACUAUAAUAAAGCUCUUCAUUUGUGUGAACAGUUAACAAUGCCCACAUAAGAAGAACCUUUCUCUUUCUCUAUAAAACUUGUCAAACCUUGGAAAAGUAUUUCCCAGAAAAUUCUCUCUCCAAAACACUCCUCAGCAAGGCAAAUAUUGAUCAAUCUACAUUGGUCUCAAACGGUCUGUUUGCUUAUUAAGGCCAUUGUGUAGUGAGAGUUUCAGUAUUUGCGCGUAGCAGAAAUCGAUCCGGAAAUGGAAAAGGCCAUGGCAUAUGAGGGUGACUACAACCUCAAGGCAACCGAGCUCAGGUUGGGACUGCCGGGGACGGAUGAGUCCGAGGAACAAGCCAUGUCUAACGUUAGGAACAACAAGCGAGCGUCGCCCGACACGAAUGAGGAUUGCAAAUCAAAAGGCGGUUACGAUAACAAGCAUGGUGAUCAUGGUGAAACUGCACCUGCAUUCAAAGCACAAGUCGUGGGGUGGCCACCAAUCCGAUCCUACCGGAAGAAUAGCUUCCAAUCGAAGAAGACGGAGGCCGAAACAGGAAUUUAUGUGAAAGUAAGCAUGGAUGGAGCCCCUUACCUCAGAAAAAUUGACCUGAAGGUUUACAAGGGAUACCCAGAGCUGCUAAAGGCUUUAGAGAACAUGUUCAAACUCACAAUAGGCGAGUAUUCGGAGAGGGAGGGGUACAACGGAUCAGAAUAUGCACCGACCUACGAAGACAAAGAUGGUGACUUGAUGCUGGUUGGAGAUGUCCCAUGGGAUAUGUUCUCGUCAUCCUGCAAGAGACUGAGAAUCAUGAGAGGAUCAGAAGCUAGAGGGUUGGGUUGUGGCGUAUGACAAACCCACAAGCCUCCACAACCCAAAACAUAAGUGGAAAAAAGAAGAUGUUUCAGCUUCUGUUCGUUCUGAAAUACAAAUUUUCAUUUUGAAUAUCCUUGUCUGUGUCGACAGUUUCUGUGAACUUCAACAGAAAAUGCAAGCAGAAAUCAAGAGCAAACUACUAUAAAAUUACAGUUGUUUCGUAAAGUUUUUGCAGCAGACACAUGGUGUUUUAAGGUUCUCUGAUGUUAUUUUCUUCUUUGUAAUAUUCCCAUCAAAUUUAAACUAUAUACAAAGUAAUAUUUGCUUUCCA